AUGUCUGAACGAACCGAAUCUGAGAAAACCGAUGAUGAAAGACCGAAUGAUGAAGAGCAUUGGGGUCCAAGUCCUGAUAAUACCGGUACGGGCGCAAAUCCUGAAAACGACGAGGCCGAUGAAGAAGGCAGUGAAGAGGAGGAGGAGGACGACCAGACGAAGGCCGAUAUUAUAGCGCGCCGAAUCCUGGAGGUCAUUGAACUGCGAGCUCAAAAGGUUGGCGAAUUAUACCGGGAAUGGCACGAGCACCGAUUCGACAGACUUUACAAACACAUGUUACCGGGCCUAACCGACGAAGAGUGUUUCCGAAGGCUGAAGGAAAUAGAGGAAACGGUCAUAAGCCUCACAAACGCCGAAACCAUUCACGAAGCCUUGGGCCGAACCACCAUCAUAAGACCGCGAGCCCGGCUACAGAAGCUAACCGUACGGAUCCGGAAGAUUAAGGAAAGGUACGUCGAGGGAACACCGGAGGCUAACUUACAUCUCUUGGUGUUAGAAAAACUUGAGACAGCGAGAGGAGAACUCGUCGAAGAAAUUGAUCGGCUGGAGGUGGUGUGCAGACAACGCAAAAUACCGCACUCUCCAACUCCUCAGACCGAUGAGGGUCAAAUUCAUGGUACUACACCUCCUCAGGCGGAUCCGGUGAUAAACGAAACCGAUGAAAGGACGGAGCCUACUCUCACCGGGCAACUUCAACAUGAACAACCGCGAGUCUCCGAACUGGACAUUACAGAAGAAAGGGUUAAGUUCCUCCUUCAAGAGUUUGCAGACUCAACGCGAACCGAGGCCUUGGAGGUAAAGACUUCAGAGGUAAAGGAUGGCUUGGAUCGGAUUGAAAGGCAAACCGAACAACGAUUAACAGAGGUCACUAAGGAUCUGGUCGGCUCAACAAUUGACAAGGUCUCGGAACUGGAAAAGAAGAAUGCGGGUCUUGAAGACCGCAACGACAAACUCGAGGCCGACCUCAAGGCGCUCACCGCACAAGUUGAUGAAUUACUCAAGGCUAAGAUGAAUGCGGAUAUUGCGGUUGUGGAGGCAAAUGCCCGAGCGGCUAAGGAAGUCCAGGAUGCGCUGAACGAAGAAGCAAGAAGAGAAAAGGAGCCACCGCAAAUGUCUGAAGCAGAAAUAGCCGAGCGAGAACGAAGGACAGCGGCUAAGUAUCCGGACAUUGCAAAGUCCAUAGCGGUUCAAGCGGCCAAAGAUGCAGAGCGGCUAGAUAAUGAAAGACAAAGACUUGAAGAUUUUGCAACCGCUCACAAGAAGAAGAAAACGGCUACUCGCACCGAAGAUGAAGAUGAAGAACAUCUGAUGGAGCGUUCUACAAGACAACGAGUCUCCGAAUCGGCUAGUCAACCGCAACCGGUUAAGAGAAAACGGAACAAGGAUAUGAUGGCCAACUUCGAUUUCUCCAACUCAGAACAGGGGUUCCCUUUCCUUUAA